AUGUCUAUCAUUCACAUUAAGGAUUAAGCUGGUUUUGACAAGGAAGUUUUACAAGCUAAAAACCCUGUUUUAGUUGAUUUCUACGCUGACUGGUGUCCUCCUUGCAGAGCCCUUGGCAAGGUUUUCGAACAACUCAUUUAAGAAAGCAACGGUUGGAAUAUUGUUAAGCUUAAUUGUGAUGACGCUGGUGUUAAGUCCAUUGCUUAAUCUCACAGUGUUUCUGGUAUUCCCGCUGUUUUCUUCUACAACUAAGGAAAGUUAGAUGCUGCUCACAGCUUUACUGGUUUCGAUUAAGGUAAACUCCAAAAAGCUAUUGACCAUGCCACUAGUCUUGCUAAGUGA